AGACCACACCCACUGGUUGGACUCUAGAUCAGUGCAUCCAGACUGGCGUGGACAACCCUGGCCACCCCUUCAUCAAGACUGUGGGCAUGGUGGCUGGAGAUGAGUCCCUACGAGGUAUUUGCUGAACUCUUUGACCCUGUGAUCCAGGAGCGACCCAACGGAUAUGACCCCCUAACAAUGAAGCACACCACUGACCUUGAUGCCAGUAAAAUCCGUUCCGGCUACUUUGAUGAGAGGUACGUAUUGUCCUCAAGAGUCAGAACUGGCCGAAGCAUCAGAGGACUCAGUCUGCCUCCAGCCUGCACGCCGGCAGAGCGACGAGAGGUAGAACGUGUGGUGGUGGACGGACUGAGCGGCCUGAAGGGUGACCUGGCUGGACGAUACUAUCAGCUCGGUGAGAUGACGGAGGCUGAGCAGCAACAGCUUAUAGACGACCAUUUUCUGUUUGAUAAGCCUGUGUCCCCAUUGUUGACCGCAGCAGGAAUGGCUCGAGACUGGCCAGAUGCCCGGGGAAUCUGGCACAACAAUGAGAAGAGUUUCUUGAUCUGGGUGAACGAGGAGGACCACACACGGGUCAUCUCUAUGGAGAAAGGAGGCAACAUGAAGAGAGUGUUUGAAAGAUUCUGCCGGGGCCUCAAAGAGGUGGAGAGGCUGAUCCAGGAACGAGGCUGGGAGUUCAUGUGGAAUGAACGUUUGGGAUACAUCCUGACCUGUCCAUCUAACCUGGGCACUGGACUUCGGGCAGGAGUGCACAUCAAACUGCCCCUGCUAAGCAAAGAUAACCGUUUCCCAAAGAUCUUGGAGAACUUAAGACUCCAAAAGCGCGGAACAGGAGGCGUGGACACCGCUGCCACAGGCAGUGUCUUUGGCAUCUCUAAUCUGGACCGACUUGGCAAGUCAGAGGUGGAGCUGGUGCAGCUGGUCAUCGACGGAGUGAACUAUUUGAUUGACUGUGAACGGCGUCUGGAGAGAGGACAGGAUAUUCAGAUCCCCGCACCUCUUGUCCAUGGCAAACAUUAACUCCCCAUCCCCAGCAAAUGAAUCAAGCAUAUUUAAUGGUGGCCUGUUCUACUUGCCCCUCACUCCCUGUCCUAGUAAAGAUUCCAUAUUAU